CAGCCCAUGCGCCUGGCGGACUGAGAGAAGAACCCACCCCAACGAGCAGAGAGCUACUACCUAACCCGCCGAACGAGUUGACUUCUGGAUUCAAGUAUCCGGUAAUUAAACCGAGCCAACAACCGCUAGAACAGAACCCCGAUACCAAACCCCAACCGUCUAUCAAAAUGUCCGAUACCGAGAACAAGCCUGUCGAGGAGGUUAAGCCUGACGCUCCUGCCGCCGGUGAGGAGACUAAGACCGAGGAGAAGCCCGCUGCUUUCUCCAGCUCUUCUGUCUUCUCUAUGUUCGGUGGUGGUGCUAAGAAGGAGAAGAAGGAGGAUGAGGAGCGCGGCGACACCUCUGGCAGCGCCAAGGCCCAGCGUGAGGCUGCUGCCGCUGCCGCUGCUGAGAAGGGCGAGGAGGAUGAGGCCCCCGAGUCUGAGGACGUUCACUUCGAGCCCGUCAUCCACCUUACCGAGAAGGUCGAGACCAAGACCAACGAGGAGUCCGAGGAGCAGGUCUUCAAGAUGCGCGCCAAGCUUUUCAAGUUCGUCAAGGAGGCCAGCGAGUGGAAGGAGCGCGGUACCGGUGACGUCCGUCUCCUCAAGCACCACGAGAAUGGCAAGACCCGUCUCGUCAUGCGCCGCGACAAGACCCUCAAGGUCUGCGCCAACCACUACAUUGUUCCUGAGAUGAAGCUCUCCCCCAACGUUGGUUCCGACCGCAGCUGGGUGUGGAACGCCGCUGCCGAUGUUUCCGAGGGUGAGCCCGAGGCCGUCACCCUCGCGAUCCGCUUCGCCAACUCCGAUAACGCCAACGCUUUCAAGGAUGCCUUUAUCAAGGCCCAGAAGGACAACGAGGCUCUUUUCAAGGCUGCCGAGGAGGCCGCCGAGAAGAAGGAGGCUGAGGAGGAUUCCGAGGACGAGAAGGCCGAGUAGAUGUGUGGUCUAGUUUUGCAUGAAUUUGAAGUUGCUUUAGGGAAAGUUUUCCAACCAUCCCGUUCUAUUUUCCGUUCUGCUAGGUGUUAGAGGGGACGAUGACAUUAUUACCUCCUUGGGCUGGGCGAUGGAAUGAAUGAAAGGACCGCUACAGAAGUUAUGACGAUGAUGAUUCCUAGGCUAGAGAGCUGGUACAUGGGCAGCGUCUGCGAGAACAAAAGGUUGAAGUAUCCGACAUGAAAGCACUAUUUAGGUGUGCGUUUGACGAGAUUUCAAUAUACUGGUAACAUACUACGACGGCCCUUUUGCGACUAUGGCUGGCAAGGAGGAUGAGGAUGGGGAUUACUCUUAAGGGAUCUAAAUAACGUUUAGCUUAACCACCAGUUUUAGAUAGAACAACACACUACCCUUCACACCGAUGCAUUGCCUUUGGGGGGUUUUGGUCAGGUUCUUGUAC